CCAUUCUGAAGUAGGGAAGGGAAGAAUAUCUAAGAAUGCGCGGUACAUUUAGUUCGACCUUGUUCCGGUCAGUUUCUGAUAACGACAGUGUGAACUCGGUACUUCAAUAAUCGAAGAAGCGAAUUAUUGUGAUUAGAGGAAUAACAUGGCAGUGAGAGCGGUGAUAACGAUUUUUCUGGUGUUAUAUUAUAUUGGUGAGGUACCGGCACAGCCCAGGCCUAAUCCUGAACCUCCUGGUUUUAGAUAUAUAGCUGCUGCUAAAGGUGACCCUCCACCAUGCAAGUUGGAGCCGGGAGCAACGUAUUGCGAAGAAGUUGAUAACUAUCCACUUGACCAAAUACUGUAUGCGCUUUCUAAUACGAAAUUUGACGUUGCCAAAUUUUUGGUAGACGAAUCUUUAGACGAAGGUCCUCGAUUUGGCACUGAAGAGCCAGAGAGACCUAAUAAAUCGCUACCGUUGACUGAUCAAGAGGUUGUCAAAACCUCCAAGUCACCGCAAGAUGCUCCCAAAUGGCCCUUUGAACGCACCAUGCGACCACCGCCUCCACCGCAUCUUUACAACAAGCACCAACCUGAUGGUUAUAGUUCCACUGCAAAUAUGAUUCAACCCGAAUCAACGCGAUUUACAAUACCUCUGAUUCAACCCAAGAACCGAUUAAUAAGAGAAAAACCACAUCGUGAUGCAUAUCCCAACAUAACAGUCUCUUCCUUAAAGACUAUUGUUGAACGUCGAAUUAAAAGACAGCUAGAACCUGAGAAGCCAUUAUGUUCUGCCAGACUGAAGUUCGUUUAUCCCAAGGCCGCUAUGAGUUCUAGAACUGGAGAAUGGAUGUGGUUGGUUAAUAUUCCUCACGUUCAGAUGACGCAGAUGUUGAGAGCCGAGGUUUGCAAUUCAGGUGUUGAAGGUAAAAGUUGCAUGGAAGGAAAAUGCGAUACACCACUUGGAUUCAGUUCAAAAUGUGAGCAACACUAUUUACAGAAGAGGCUAGUGACUUUAGUUCCUAAUGGUGGUACCAAAGUAUACACUGACAUGUUCUGGAUACCAACUUGUUGUAUUUGUCAGACUUAUAAGAUGAGUAACAAAAGAUCUUAAGAGAUCUUUUUGAGCAGAUAUAUUUUUUAAUUGUGAUUGCGUUAGAUUAAUUGUAUUUUGUGUUAAUAUGUGAUACUUUUAAAUUUUACAAACGACUAUUGCACGUAUGGAAUUAAACAAUGUUAUACAAAUUAA